AUAAUAACCAUUUCCAUGAAAGUAGGAGAUGAAAAAAAUACAAACACUGUAAAUUUAUCGAAAUUCAGUUUGACAGUUACUUGUCAGUAAAAAAAAUGACGAUCAAUAUUGGUGCUCAUUUUCGAGUACACAAACUCGGUCUGUGUAUUAUCGUUAUUAUUCUGAUCGUACUAUAUCUGUAUUCGGUACGUCAAUCUUCGUACUCCCAAAUUAACAACAGAGAAGUUUCAUUAAAGAAUCUUCUAGCUAGUGCAAUAAAAGCUGCAGAAAUCGGUGGCAUCGAAGUCGUACGAGUUCACGAUAAUCCAAAAUAUGCAAUCGAAAGUAAAGGAAAAACAAAAGAAGGAGUCAACGAUCCUGUCACACUGGCUGACUAUCAAUCACACUGUGCGAUGUAUCAAUUUUUGUCGAGUGUCUUCUCUAAUGUUGAUAUUAUUUCGGAAGAACAGGCGCCUAGUUGCGAUCCUAUGGAAACUCCAGACUUGAAUGGAGCAAAUAGAAAUAUUGAAAACUACAACUCUGUCAAAGAUUUGAUUGUACAAGCUUCGGAUGUCACAGUGUGGAUUGAUCCCCUCGAUGCCACAAAAGAAUUUACAGAAAACCUUCUUGAUUAUGUGACGACAAUGGUUUGUAUAGCUGUUGAAGGAAUCCCAAUUAUUGGCGUCAUCCACAAACCUUUUGCUCCUAAGCAAACAUAUUGGGCAUGGGUUGAUUAUGGAGUCUCCAGAAACUUGAAGAAUAUUUUUUCUCCAAUAGAGAAGACACCAGUUUUGAUAGUCUCUCGAUCCCAUGCUGGACGAGUACAUAAUGCUUCGAAAACUGCAUUUGGUGACAACGUGAAAAUUGUCUCGGCGGCUGGUGCAGGUUUCAAAUCCCUGGAGGUUGCAUCUGGAAACGCAACAGCAUAUAUUCAUAUGACAAAUAUUAAAAAAUGGGACGUAUGUGCUGGCGCGGCAAUAAUAAGCGCCCUUGGCGGCACCGUGACUUCGCUCUCUGGUGAGCCAAUGACAGAUUUUAGUCCUGGCAAGUCAAAGGUUCUCGAGCACGGUUUGUUAGCCACGAUGGCGGAUCACAAAUGGUAUCUCGAUAAAUUUCAUUAUCUCUAAGAAAAAGAAAAUCUGAACUUCAUGUUCCCGUUAUAUUUAUGGAAUCUCACGUGAAAAUCAACAUGCAUUUUUGUAUAAUAAAAAACAUUCCGAUAUCAAUUUUGGAAUGUACAAUUAUACGAAAAGACUCGUUGAGAACAUUUUUCGGCAAGCUAGUCAAAGCUUUUAUUACGGACGAUUUUUUUGAGGGUGGGAAGAUUGAGCAGGCUUAUUUUCAGAAAGACCGUGCUCCCAUCAACAAACAGUCAAUUAGAAAUAAAAUAAUGAAUAAAAUCAACGAUUUUUUUAACAUA